GGCAAAGCAAAGCGCGUCUUUCAAAAUGAUUACAAAGCUAGACAGUGUGCUUUUGCCCCGCAAAAAGUUCAUCUAUCAUUACAAAAACAUGCGCUGGGCAAGGGGCCGGCAUGAGACAUACCUCUGCUUUGUAAUUAAAAGGCGAGUGGGGCCAGAUUCCUUAUCUUUUGACUUUGGACACCUCCGGAAUCGUAAUGGCUGCCAUGUAGAACUGCUGUUCCUGCGCUACCUGGGAGCCUUGUGCCCUGGUUUGUGGGGGUGUGGAGGUACUGGAGAGAGGAGGCUCAGUUACUCCAUCACCUGGUUCUGCUCUUGGUCUCCCUGUGCCAACUGCUCCAUCCGAUUGUGCCAGUUCCUCAGCCAGACCCCCAACCUUCGCCUCAGGAUCUUUGUAUCUCGCCUGUACUUCUGUGACAUGGAGGACAGUCGUGAAAGAGAGGGCCUAAGAAUGCUGAAACAAGCUGGCGUGCAGAUCACAGUCAUGAGUUACAAAGACUUCUUCUACUGCUGGCAGACCUUUGUGGCUCGUAAGCAGAGCAAAUUCAAGGCCUGGGAUGAGCUGCACCGAAACUCUGUUCGCCUCGCCAGAAAACUCAACCGCAUCCUCCAGCCCUGUGAAACAGAAGAUUUAAGAGAUGCCUUCAAGCUUCUUGGACUGUGAAACAGACCUUACUCUGGUGUUACCAUUAAGUCUAUAGAGAAAAAGACAUGUUUGUGUUUGUCCAUCACUACAACUGCUAAACUGAGAAUGAGAAAAACUGAGAAAAAUAGCUUUUAAAUUGUGGCAAGGCUUGAAACGUUACGUAGCUGCUGCUUGCUGA